AAUGACUGUCUAUGGCAAUAGUUUCCGGUAGGGAGGAUUAUGGGUCAACAUGGAUGCUUUUGAUUUGUUUUGCCGGUUAGGUGCUGGAGCAAGGUUUGAUUUGAAGCGCUUUGGUGAAGAUGCAGAGAGGUUCAAGGUGGGAAAGUCAAAAGACAUUGAUUUCAGCAAAACUUCAAAGUCAGCUAAAGGACUUGAUUUUUUUGGGACUAAGCAGAAUGAUACAAAAGAGGAAAACAAAUGUGGAACGAGGAAGAGCAAGACUGAAAUAAAAACUGUGAUACCUAGUAGUGAUGAAUUGGGAGAGAUGAACAAAGCCCCUGUUUCUUUAGAAAAAAGAAAGCGUGUGGAGAGCUCAAAAAAGAAAAAGAGGAGGAAAAAAGAAGGGAGUGACGUGGACACACUGGACAGUUUAGUGAAUGAUGAUGAUGCAAUACAGUGGAUGUCCUCCCAGCAGUCAAACCUUAAACAUGUGGGAGAGAGUGGAAACGAAAAGCUUACGGCAGAGAAGCUUGAACAACUCAGACAAGAGAAGAUUAACCAUUUCAGAAACCAGCACAAGAUUUAUGUUCAGGGAUCUGAUAUCCCAGAACCUGUUGCCACCUUUCAACAGCUGCAAGAAGAAUAUAAGGUGCAUCCAAAGAUUAUGGAGAAUAUUAAAGAAGCAGGCUUCCAGCUGCCAACCCCAGUCCAGAUGCAGGCUAUUCCCAUCAUGCUGCAUACACACAGAGAGCUUGAAAAAUUGUCUGAAGGGACUGGCUUUAGGACACACAUGAUUCACAAGACUGCAAUGGCGGCAAAGAAAUUUGGACCAAAAUCUUCCAAUAAAUUUGAUAUUUUGGUGACUACUCCCAAUCGACUGAUUUAUUUGUUGAAACAAGAUCCUCCAGCUGUUAACCUGAGCAAUGUUGAGUGGUUGGUCGUUGAUGAAUCAGACAAACUUUUUGAGGAUGGCAAAACUGGAUUCAGAGACCAAUUGGCCACCAUAUUUCUGGCAUGUACUUCUCAUACAAUAAGGAGAGCCAUGUUUAGUGCAACAUUCGCACAUGAUGUGGAGCAGUGGUGUAAACUAAACCUGGAUAAUGUGAUUUCGGUAUCCAUUGGAGCAAGGAAUUCAGCAGUUGAAACUGUUGAACAAGAACUUUUAUUUGUUGGCAAUGAAGCAGGAAAGCUUUUGGCCGUGAGAGACCUUGUCAAAAAGGGCUUCAGUCCUCCUGUACUGGUGUUUGUUCAGUCAGUAGACAGAGCAAAAGAGCUGUUUCGUGAGCUGGUGUAUGAAGGGGUUAAUGUUGAAGUCAUCCAUGCAGAAAGAACACAGCAACAGAGAGACAACAUUGUGCAGAGUUUCAGAGCUGGAAAAAUCUGGGUGCUUAUCUGUACAUCACUCUUGGCCAGAGGAGUUGACUUCAAAGGGGUGAAUCUAGUCCUCAACUAUGAUUUCCCAAACAGUGCUGUGGAGUACAUUCACAGGAUAGGCCGCACUGGAAGAGCAGGGCAUAGUGGAAAAGCAAUUACAUUCUUCACAGAAGAUGAUAAACCUUUAUUACGAAGCAUUGCAAAUGUUAUCAAGCAAGCUGGUUGUCCAGUGCCAGAUUAUAUGAUGACCUUACACAGACUGCAAAGUAAACAGAAGAAAAGAAUGAUGAAGAGACCUGUGAAACGGGAACACAUCCUUACAACCCCACACCACUUCCUGAAGAAAGGCUCAAAGAAAAAAGCUGGCCAGAAAAGAGAGAGAGAGAAUAAAACAAAACUGGAAAAUAUUGGAACCACGGAUGAUGAAUGACAGUCUGUAGAAGCUGCAGCAGUGCUCUUUGGCUUCCAUGUCAGCAGAUUGACUCGACUCCUUUAUUCACUGUGACUGCCAAGCGAUGCACCAUCCUUGCUCCUACCUGCAAAAGUGUACAGAGUUGCCUAGGGAGGGUAUUAAGAUAGUAUUAUCUGCCAGUUACCAGAGUACAGUGCCUAAUCAUGCCGUGUCAUGGAGGAAGGAAAGCAUUUAAUGAUUUUCAAAAGUUUUAAAACUGUUUGCAGCAGGUUGCAUAGUCUUGAAUUUGACAGUUGUUUCAGUGGUACUCAAGAAAUACUGCAGCAGUCUUCAAUGCAUUUCACUUGCUUACUAAUUGAGGCCCAUUUCUUAUUUUUGAAAUGCUGUUCUCCGUAAAUACUAGGCAUUCAUUAUUGUGUUAUGUGAACUGUGCACAAAGCACCUUUUUCCCCAGUAAAGUUGUCUUGUGGGGUCCAAACACCAGGUAUUGACAAAAACUCUUGGUGAUUCUACUUGUUUAAUGGAAAAUUCCCUUUAUUUUUAAAUGCGUAUUUGGAAUAAUGUAAAGACUUGUAUACAAUAUAAAACAAAUGUUUUAUAAUAUA